CGCUGCGGACUCUCUGCGGGGGCUGAAUCCCGAGGCUCCAGCUCUGUAAAUAAGUGUGUGGGUUUCUGCAGCUCCGCAGUUCCUGACUCCAGCAGGACCUGUUGUGUGACUCCGCCAUGCUCCGCGCCGCACUGACCCGAGCCUGCCCGCUCCUGCCCGCCGCUCCCCGGCUCGCAGCCUGCCGCUACUCCGCUGCAGCGAUCCCCGCUCCCAACCCGCAGCCCGACGUCCAUUAUAACAAGCUCUUCAUUAACAAUGAGUGGCAUGAUGCCCUGAGCAAGAAAACCUUCCCCACCAUCAACCCAUCUACUGGAGAGGUCAUCUGCGAGGUUGCAGAGGGAGAUAAGGCGGACGUGGAUAAAGCAGUGAAGGCUGCCAGAGAUGCCUUCAGGCUGGGGUCUCCAUGGAGACGAAUGGACGCAUCGAGGCGCGGGGUGCUCCUGAACCGCCUGGCUGAUGCUGUCGAGAGAGACGCCGGCUACCUGGCUGAGCUGGAGACUCUAGACAAUGGAAAGCCGUUUUCCGUGGCCUACUCUGUUGAUGUGCCCAUGGUGGUUAAGUGCCUGAGGUACUACGCUGGCUGGGCAGACAAAUGGGAGGGUAAGACAGUUCCCAUUGAUGGUGAUUUCUUCUGUUACACCCGACAUGAGCCUGUUGGAGUGUGUGGCCAGAUUAUUCCUUGGAACUUCCCUCUGUUGAUGCAGGCGUGGAAGCUCGGUCCUGCUCUGGCAACUGGCAACACCAUAGUCAUGAAAGUAGCAGAACAGACGCCUCUCACUGCACUCUACGUGGCCAGCCUCAUCAAGGAGGUGGGCUUCCCUCCUGGUGUUGUGAACAUCAUCUCUGGACUGGGUCAUACAGCUGGAGCUGCCAUUUCUUCUCACAUGGAUGUGGACAAAAUUGCCUUUACUGGCUCCACAGAGGUAGGUCACAUUAUCCAGCAAGCUGCUGGCGCAAGCAACCUGAAGAAAGUUACUCUGGAACUUGGAGGGAAGAGUCCCAAUAUUAUUUUGUCUGAUGCCAACAUGGAGGAAGCUGUGGAGCAGGCCCAUAUGGCCAUCUUCUUCAACAUGGGUCAGUGCUGCUCUGCAGGCUCUCGUACCUAUGUGCAGGAGAGCAUCUACAAUGAGUUUGUGGAGCGUAGUGUGGAGAGAGCAAAGAAGAGGGUGGUGGGGAAUCCCUUUGACCUUAAGACUGACCAGGGUCCACAGGUCGAUGAUGAACAGUUUAAGAAGAUCUUGGGUUACAUCAGCAGUGGCAAGAAGGAAGGUGCGAAGCUGAUGUAUGGAGGUGGUGUGGCUGCAGACCGUGGUUACUUCAUCCAGCCCACUGUAUUUGGAGAAGUUCAGGACGACAUGAAAAUUGCCCGUGAAGAGAUCUUUGGGCCAGUAAUGCAGAUUCUGAAGUUUAAGACUAUAGAGGAGGUGAUCGAGAGGGCCAAUGACACCAAUUAUGGGCUGGCUGCUGCUGUCUGCACCACUGAUAUCAACAAAGCACAUUACAUCUCUAACAGUCUCCGUGCUGGAACAGUCUGGAUUAACUGCUACAAUGUGUUUGGAGUCCAGGCUCCCUUUGGUGGCUACAAGGCCUCAGGUACUGGGCGUGAAAUGGGAGAGUAUGGCCUGGAAGCGUACACUGAAGUCAAAACUGUAACAACUAAAAUCCCCCAGAAAAAUUCCUAAAUGGCAUGCUCCUGCUCUUCAACUCUGCGUGAAAAGCACACAGUAUUAGCACAGAGCUUUUUCUUAAUCAUUCUGUGUUUCAUACAAAUGAACGACGCACAUGAUCUCUUCGAGAGAUGUUUAAAUGACGUAUAAAACUGUUCCUUAACUAAAGCUCUAAGAGGAUCUGUAUUUUUGUAAUCCCCAGUUUCAAAGCACAUUUUUUUUUAAAUAAAAAAAUGAUCAUUAAAAAAAUAGACUGUUAGAGACAUUUAUUUACCAUGAUCAUUUCUAUAUAAUUUCUAUAUAAAAAAAUAUAUUCCAUAUUCUGUUGACAUUCUUUGUGUUCCAUUUUGAUAGAGUGAGCUGAUUUCUACGCUGGUGUUGACUGUGUUGCUGCACCGUUGCUUUUCUAUAAUAAAUGCUUCAAAGCAUA